AGAGGGGGAAAGUGUCCGGACUGGAAGAGGGGGAAAGUGUCCGGACUGGAAGGGGGUGAAAGUGUCCGGACUGGAAGGGGGGGGGGAAAGUGUCCGGACUGGAAGGGGGGGAAAGUGUCCGGAACUGGAAGGGGGGGAAAGUGUCCGGACUGGAAGGGGGUGAAAGUGUCCGGACUGGAAGGGGGUGAAAGUGUCCGGACUGGAAGGGGGGGGGGAAAGUGUCCGGACUGGAAGGGGGUGAAAGCGUCCGGACUGGAAGGGGGUGAAAGCGUCCGGACUGGAAGGGGGUGAAAGUGUCCGGACUGGAAGGGGGUGAAAGUGUCCGGACUGGAAGGGGGUGAAAGCGUCCGCACUGGAAGGGGGUGAAAGCGUCCGCACUGGAAGGGGGUGAAAGCGUCCGCACU